CUUUUUUAUUUAUUUGGCCUUCUUUCAUCCGUUCCUCGUUCUCUCUUCUCCUCUUCUCGCUUCCUUUGGCUUCUCUUCGCAGGCGCGCUCGCUCGGCGCUCUUCCUGCGAGAGGGUCUGGGAGAGUGGGAGAGCCGGAGAGGGAGAGGGAAGGGAGGCUUGAGGCUGGUAGCUGUUCUGCAUGGGAGAGAUGGCGGUUCGUGAGGAGAAGGAGCAGGACCCGCGCAUUCCGCGCAUCGUUUCCUGCAUCCGCGUGGUGCCUGACUUCCCCAAGAAAGGGAUUAUGUUCCAAGACAUCACCACGCUGUUGCUCGAUCCAAAAGCGUUCAAGGACACGGUCGAUUUGUUCGUGGAGCGGUACACAGGAAGGGACAUCUGCGUCGUCGCUGGAUCGAGUAUUCAUAGGAAGGACAACCAAAGAUGGAAAUUAGAAGAAGAAAACACUCGCAGCCACAUCUUUUUGGAUGGAAAUGGAAGUUGUGAUGAUUCCAUAUUAGGCUCCACUUGCAGAGUUGAGGCUAGAGGCUUGAUAUUUGGCCCGCCAAUUGCUUUAGCUAUAGGGGCAAAGUUUAUUCCACUAAGAAAGCCAAGAAAAUUGCCAGGUGAAGUGAUCUCGGAGAACUAUAUACUCGAGUAUGGCACUGAUUGCCUUGAAAUGCAUGUUGGGGCAGUCCAACCUGGUGAACGUGCUCUAGUUGUCGAUGAUUUGAUUGCUACUGGUGGAACUCUCUGUGCUGCCAUAAGUUUACUUGAGCGAGCUGGGGCAGAGGUGGUUGAAUGUGCAUGUGUGAUUGAACUUCCAGAACUCAAGGGUCGUGAGAAGUUACAUGGUAAACCUUUAUACAUACUCAUGGAGUCCCGCUGAUUGUUUAGCCGAUACGAUCUGAGAUAGUGUAUAUUUUAGGAUUUCAUUCCCAGUUUGAUUACUCGUAGUAAAAUUCAAUUAGUUUAGCACGAUACUGUUUGCCUUAUGAAUCAUUUCUACUUAAGAGGAUUCCAACUGUUGCAAUUGAGAUGUUUAUUAUUCAUAUAGUGCUCCAAUGCAAACAACAGCACUGCAGCCAGUAUUACAAGUGUGUUUUGAUUGAUCUUCUUUAUCAUUUUAAUUGGCAAAAUAACAAUUAUCG